GUGUCCGUCUUGUUGGGCCCCUCCUCCAGCUUCAGCGGGACACGCCGCAGGACUCAGCACAAAGUCCGCGUCCCUCGCUGCACACACGAGGAGCGUCACAACAAGCCACCGGCGACCUGGAACCCGCCCAAAAAAACCGAGAGAAAACGUGGAUUUUAUCGAGAAGAAACUAUCGUAUUAAAUAUUUACAAGCAGGGCGGUGAUCCAAGACAGGUGUCGGAGCGUGUCGCAGUCAUCUGAUAAUAAUUUGUGCGCUCUUGCAUUGUGGUUACUGCGCGAGUCGCGCGAAGACCGAGUUUCUGACCCAAGAAACGCAAAUCUCUGUUGCAAUAACACCAGCCGUUAUUCAUGCUUCGUUUACCGAGUCAUACUACAAGAGGAAAUUGCAGCGUAAGUUUGCACAGCGCCUGCUUUGAAGUAGGUUGUAGCUGUAAUUAAUUUAUAGGCACCACGUGAGUGGGAUGAAACGACCCUUAAGUGGGCACACCCGCUGGAUAUGAUACCUAACACACUCAGAAACUUCAGCCAGAGCAUCGGACCUCUUUGACUCUUGGGACAGCGCCUGGGACUGGCGUUAAACCUCACUGAAUGACCGUAGCGCUGAAGAACCGCGCGCUUCUGCAGAAAGGACACACGACUACAGGAGACCCCUGUCAGAAUGAUGUUUUUCAUCUGAGAGCAUUGGACUUUUUGUGUUUUUAGUUACAGACUGUUUGAUUUUAACUUCUUUGGUUACACUUCUGAAGAGUUUUAGCUGCUAUCACUGGUCCAGAUGAGAAUGAUGGCAGUAUUAUGGGAUGACCCGUUCUCGUUGCUGUGGAGACGGACCGUAAUUUAUUCUCUUCUGGUGCUCUUGAUGAGUGGAGCGCGCACCUUUGGAGAUGAGACCUUUAAUGGAGAGCAUCCUUGUGAUUUCCCACAAAGUCGUGGCGAGCUGUUUGUGUGGGGUCUGGGCUGCCUCACUGUGACUGAGAGGGAUAAUGAGAUGUGAUUGGACCGUGGAGCCGCAUUAACUGCUAAUUGUGUCCAUGUCUCAGUGGAUGACUGCUUCUGACUGUCAUGGCUGCGGCAGUAUGGCUACCUCCCGCAGGCCAGCAAGCAGAUGUCCACCAUGCGCUCGGCUCAAAUCCUGUUGAACGCCAUCAGCGACAUGCAGCGCUUUUACGGGCUGGAGAUCACUGGAGUGUUGGACCCCGUCACCAUCGAGUCCAUGAAGAGACCCCGCUGUGGCGUCCCAGACAAGUUUGGGGGUCAGAUCAAGACCAAUGUACGACGGAAACGUUAUGCACUCACUGGCCACAAGUGGGACAAGAACCACAUAACUUUCAGUAUUCAGAACUACACUCCUAAGAUCGGGGAGUACAACUCAUAUGAGGCCAUCCGACGGGCCUUCAAAGUGUGGGAGAAAGUGACGCCGCUUACGUUUGAUGAGAUCCCUUUUCAUGAGGUCAAAUACGGCCGUCGGAAGGAACCUGAUAUCAUGAUCUUCUUCGCGUCUGGUUUUCAUGGUGACAGUUCCCCGUUUGAUGGAGAGGGGGGUUUUCUGGCACAUGCUUACUUCCCUGGUCCAGGGAUGGGUGGAGAUACUCACUUUGACUCAGAUGAGCCUUGGACCAUUGGUUCAGAAAACGUACAAGGCAAUGAUCUGUUCCUGGUAGCCGUACAUGAGCUGGGCCAUGCCCUUGGACUGGAACACUCCAAUAAUCCUUUGGCUAUUAUGGCUCCUUUCUACCAGUGGAUGGACACCGAAAACUUUGAGCUGCCUGAGGAUGAUCUCCGUGGGGUCCAGCAGAUUUACGGACCCCCUAACAGCUCUCCGACUCAGGCUCUCCCCACUGUGACCCCCCGGCGACCAGCCCAUCCAGACCCCAGGGCACCCAGUCCUCCUAAGAACCCUCCCGGAGCGCCCCCUCGCCGGCCGGACAGGCCUCGCACUACCGAUCGCCCAGAUCACUACGGCCCCAACAUCUGCGAGGGCAAUUUUGACACAGUCACCAUGCUCAGGGGAGAAAUGUUUGUUUUUAAGGGCCGCUGGUUCUGGAGAGUGAGGAGGAACAGAGUGCUGGAUAACUACCCAAUGCCUAUUGGACACUUCUGGAGGGGUCUCCCGGGAGACAUUGACGCUGCAUAUGAAAGGCAUGACGGGCGAUUUGUGUUUUUCAAAGGAAGUCAGUAUUGGUUGUUCAGAGAAGCCAACCUGGAGCCCGGCUAUCCUCAAGAACUGAUGGACUAUGGCAGAGACAUCCCGUAUGACAAGAUAGAGACGGCCAUCUGGUGGGAACCUUCUGGCUUCACUUACUUCUUCAAAGGAGACUGGUACUGGCGCUUUAAUGAGCACUCCAGAGCCGCAGAUCAGGACUACCCUAAGCCAAUCAGUGUGUGGGGCACUUCUGUGCCGUCUUCUCCCAAGGGGGCCUUCCUCAGCGAUGAUGGAGCUUAUACGUACUUCUACAAGGGUGCAAAGUACUGGAAAUUUGACAACCACAGAAUGAAGAGCGAGCCUGGCUACCCAAAGUCCAUUCUUAGAGACUUCAUGGGCUGUAACGUGGACCUCAAUCCUGACAGAGACACCGAUGUGGAUCAGGGACGCAAGUGGCCUGACAAGCCACCCUUCAACCCGGAUGCUGGCCGAGACAAAGACAAAGACAAGGAAAAGGACAAGGACAAGGACAAAGACAGAGACAACACCAAUGAUGUUGACUCUAAAGAGGAGACUGAAGAGAAAACGAAUGAGGUGGAUGUGGUUCUGAAGAUAGACGAGACAGAGCGCACCAUGAACAUCAUCAUGGUGACGGUACCCCUGGUCCUGGUGCUGUGCAUCUUGGGAUUGAUCUAUGCGAUCAUUAACACACUACAGAGGAAAGGAGCACCCAAGUAUUUAGUUCACUGCAAACGAUCACUGCAGGACUGGGUUUAACCUUUCAGAAUGACCCUCGAUCCCUGUUCUGCCCUUUCAUUUCACACAUCCAAAAACUUUGCACACACAAAACACCACCAUAAACAUGCUUACAACAUACACACAUACACAUACAGAUACUGACACACAUCAUGUUCAUCUUCACCCUUCUUUUCCUUUCCCACGGUGCUCUCCUAACAUGUUGACUAGUCUAUUUAUAUCAGAAAGUUUGCACAUUGAUUUUUUUGUUCGGUUUUUCUUUUCAUAAUAUUUCAUGUUCUUUUGAAUCAGUUGUUUGUGUUUUUUUUUUUUUUAAUUUCUAAUUUUAGGAUGUCACAAUUAGUCAUCUGCAAUCACAGCGUAAAUGAUGAACGGGAAGUCUUGCAGAGCAAAAAGAGAGGAAAAGGAAAGCGGAGAAAGGAAUAUCUCUCUUAGGAAUAUUUCUGCAUCCAUUCACCUUUUCUCAGGACUCUCAGCUGUGGUUUUCCAACUGACCGGGCAAGUCAUAAUAAAUCAUCAUAAAGACUGUAAGGACUGUGGCCACUUGCAUCAUAACUUGAUAAAAUGUUGAUAUACAGUCGGGUUCAAACGUCUGAGACCACAUGGAAAGUCUGGGAUUCAAAAUCUAACUGAAACCUAAAAAUAAAUAGGAAGUUUUAGGAUUUUUUUAUUUUAUUUUUUUUGUUCAUGCAGCUUGAGUGAAGAAAAUCAUGGUAUUUUUUUUUUCAGCUCAAAUUGUUAAUAAUUGUUAAAAAUUGUUAAUGCUAAUAAUAUUUUAAUAUAGAAAUCGUUUAUUGCAUUAAAAAAUAUUGCAUUAACCUUUUCAACAAUAGGUCUCCGACUUUUCAACCCUCGUUUUUGGAGCAACUGGACCUGGUUAUUCAACCAGUAACUAAGUCCAGUUGUAUUUGGCAGAAUUUGACCUGCUAUUUGUUUUGAUGUCAUAAAAUAGGAACUUUUCUCAAAAUUUUGCUUACCUACUGCGAUCAUAACAAAAAGACACAUUUUAUUGCCCCUUGUUUUAACAACUGUGCCUUGGUCGUGCCAGCCAGACAUGUUUUAUGUGGUUUCAUCCAUGUUUUUAGAGCCCUCUUGAUUUCUUCCUUGCAAGCUGAAGUGUUUUUAUCUCCCAAAAGUCCCAUGAUACUGUGGCAAUUAUACAUUUUAUUGUCUGAGAAACAUAACACUUGAGGCAUUGAGCAAGAUCUUACUUUGCAGGUGCUGAAGUUAUUUGCUGCGUGCAUAUUUAUAAUAGAAUUUUCAUAUUUUCAUUUGAUUGAACAAAAGAGCUAUAAAAUGAAUACCACUAGCGUACGUACGCCAAUUUAAAACUCAGUAAAAUACACUUGAGAAAGCUUCUUGGGCCCAAUUAGAAAUAAAAGCCUUAGUGGGGCCCACUGUUGUAGGGAAUGUUAGGUAAUAGUCUAAUUUUAAAAAUAGCAGGAGGUGAAAGUCAUUGCUAACCUCUUUGUACCCCAACCCAAAGCUCUCCCUACCAAAGAAAUAUUACUUGCAUUGACAUAGGUGGGCUGAAACGAGAGGGAAAGAAGCAGGGAUAACUGUGAGUUCAAAAGAAAAGGGUUUAGAUGCAGAAACCUUAUAUCUUAAGUCUUUGUGAAAGGGCUUAUGGUGUGUUAGUAAGAGUCUGAACUGGAUUGUAUUACAGUGAUGGGAUAUUUUAGGGGUGGGGGUGUAAUAAACAAGCAGGAGUGGGAUAAACCCAAAGCAAGCUCCCUCUGGAAGGCUGAAAAUACUCAUACGCAAAUAUGUGGACGUGUUUAUUUAGUUACCUCAAUUUUAUGUUGCAUUUUCCAGCAUUUCCACAAGAGGCACUAUAGCGUAUAUUAGCAUAACAGUAAAAGAAAAUUAAUUUCCAAAUAGGAUCUUCUGUGGCUAGAUGUUUUUUUUUGUUUGUUUUUUUUCAAGCCUCUUACUGUUAGGCAGCAUUAGUUUGAAGCGAAUCUUGCUGAGCAAAUUUAGGUUAGUUAAACUGUCUACAUGUUUCUAGCUAGCUACCUGAAUAAAACUUUCAUUAAUACUUGACAUUUCAAGGUAACUCCAUUACCUUACCUUGAGUACUGAGGUUUGAAAAUGAACGCACAUUAAGUAUAUCUGACGAGACAGUCCACUUGCAGUGCAUUGGCCUAGCAUUCACAUCUGCGUUAGCAUACUUGCGUAGAGUAUAUUUUUGGCCUAAGCUUGAGAUGCUUGGUAGAUAGUGUGUGUAGCAAUAUCAUCCCUAUAUGAGAGCUUGCUGGCACACAGUCCGAUGGCCCACAUUGCCAGGGUCCACUGCCAGUUAUUUUUGGAGCGCAUUCCUUGACCAGCAGCAGAAACAGGAUCCCUGUUUCAUUCACGACUUAUUCAUGCUGAUGUGAUCUACUAGGCAAAGUAGACAAAUUAGGCAAGUUUCCUAACAUUGUAAGAUAUAACCGCUGUCAGGUAGGUCUGUGUUUGCUUUCUGUGGUGUUUGCUUAGUCUAGUGUCUAACCUACAUAAACUCAGCUAGUAUACUCGGACACGGAAAGCAUUAAGAAACAAACCACCGCCACUUUUUAAAGUGCCUCUGACAAAAUCUCAGUCAUUUACUCUUCACAAUCAGCGAGAGAGGAGACGUAGAGGAGAGAACAAAAGUGAGUGGUAUUAUAAAUAUUGCCCUGUCAGACAAGGUAGAGCAAAAAAGCACUUUGAUAAAUAUUAUUGGAAGAGUAGAGGAGACACAGGACAGUCAUGAUCGGAAUGCUGUCACUGAUGAAUCCCGCCGAAUAUCGUUGCCAGGCGAUACGCCCCUCCUCACAGUGCUCCUGUCGUCCGAGGAGAUUUGGAGGAGAGUUAAUCAGACAUAAAAGCUCUUCCGUCCCUCCCCCGACGCCCUCUACCUUCUCCUUCAGUCGCCCAGAUCAAUGAGGAAUACAUAAACAAGCUUGAGGGAUAUCUGAAACGCUCACUCUCAGGGGCUCACUCAGGCCUUAUGGCUGUCUUAUUCCCACUUCAGCCCAUUCUUUGUCUGAUUUUCACACUCCUUUAUGGCCUUUUUCCAUAAUUAGUUACUUUUACAAGGUAUUUGCAUAGUAUUUUGGAAAUACUGUAGUACCACGGUAAUACCAUUUUUGGACAAAACCAAAGGAACCAAAAGAUCAUGGUUCCUUGAGGCCCCUGGGUAAGCAUCUUUGGAGCCCCAUUCCUCCUAGUUCCACCUCUAUUGGCAGGCCUGCAUUAGGCAACAAAAUUAGAAAACACAUUUUGCUAGGAUAACAUUAGGUGACAAACAACAAUAGCCAAGGGCUUUAGUGAUCCAAAGGGAGCUGAAAGGUCAGCAAAUGCUGUUUUCGCUAAGGUGCCCAGGGCCCCAGCUAUAGGCCAGCUAUGGCCAUAGUGGUCAGUUCAUUCUGUAUGCGGUGAGGGGCCUGGAGCCUUAGUAGUCAGCUCGGUCUGUAUUCGUUAAGGGGCUAGGGGCCCCAAUGGUCAUGUCCCACUGUAUGCACCGGGUUUCCAGGGGCGCUAGCGAUCAUGUCCCACUUAAUGUGUUGGGUAGCCCAGGGUCCUACUGGUAAUGUCCAACUGUAGGCUGGGGCCCUAGAGUAAAUGCCCAAUUCUAUACACUGGGCAGGCCAUGAACCUAGUGGUUAUGACUCACUGUAUGCACCGGAGGUUCUGGGGCCCAGGGCCCUAGUAGUCAGCUUGAUCUAGCGAGACUCAAGUAUCCAAGGCAGUCCCUUUGGCAGUCUUUCACACAGCCUUAGGCUUAGUCCCUGGGAACUGGCCCCACUGGUACAGUCCUGGGUUAAAUAUACAUCUGAUAUAUUCGCUGUGCCAUGGUAUCAUUGCGGUAAGGUUGUAAGGGCACUAGUUUAGUAUGCAUUGAAGUUUAUUACUUAGUAUAUUUGUUUCUACACAGAUUUGUUUUCGUUAUUUUUGUUUCAGAGAUGAUAAGGGUAACUAAACAAAAUUGUGGUAGACAAUGACAGAUAAAUAAUCAAAACUGUCUGUUUAUUUGUUAGUAUGUGAUACUGUAGAUUUAUAGGUCUAACAUUUUCUCCAUCAUCUCGAAUCAACUCUUGGCCAAGUUUAGGACUGGCUCUUAUAACAAUGGCCCCUCUCUCUUGCUGCAUUAUUGUCCUGCACAUUGCUUCUGGCCAACAGGAAGAUAGACUGGGCCCUCAGCCAGGACCAGAAAGCUUCCUCCCACCAAGCCUCGCACUAGCAUUGCAUACUAACAGCAGCCUCUGUUCAGAUGGCUUUUGGUGUGAAUCAUGGACGUUGACUGUUUUGGUCACACCGUUCUCAUAAACGCAGCUCAGGACCACUGCUACUUUAUGUCUAACCACCCAGUGACGCUACAUAUGCAGAGUGAAUUCUCUCUGUGUCUGUGUAUAUUCUCCUGAUAUAAACUUGAGCUCUGAUCAGAGGUGCCUCUAAGAACAUCCGUCCACACCAUUUAUUAACCAGCUGCAGUUAUUCGACUGCAAUCACUGUUGAUUUACUAAAUAGGUAGUCAAAAAAGGUUGAGACAAUAUGUUGUCUUCACCUUUGUGGAAUCAGCGGAGUAGAAUGAGACAGUGUAUUUGCUUUUAGUCUGCAUUGUUCUGUGACAAAGGUAGAUUCAAUAUCAAAUCGGCCUGUUGUGCAAAAAUGCAUCUAGGCAAUGCACACUGUCCUGAAGGGAAUCUUAAUGAGCCUUACAAAAACAUGCUGUUUAAAACUAGACAAAGCAUUUUCAGACAGAAAUAUAGUAGCAAAUCACUAACAUUUAAAGCAAUGCUGUUAAUGUGCACAAAGUUGUGCUGCAGUGUUUUCUUAAACACCUCAUCAUCUUCAUUAAUGGUGGUAAAAUGAAAUUUAGUUUAAUUAUAUUUUCAGUUAAUAUUUUUUCUUAAUAUCUUAAAUUUGGUCAUUUUUAAAAAUUGUAAAUAGUACCUUUUCAAUAUUUUUCUUUUGUGUGUGUUUUUUUUUUUAGAUUUUUACCUUGUUAAUAACAUUCCGAUUUGUGUUUUUGAUUUUUUUCUUAUGUAGAAACUGAGGAUUUUAUACAUUUGUGUUUGUUCACAUCUUCUGAGUGUGUUUAACAAUCCAUGCUGGACAUGUA